GAUUGAAGUUCUAAGCUAGGCUAAUAUCUUCGGUUCAAUUGUUCUUGUAGAAUUGCGUGUAAAAAAUACGGUUAUUUACUGUUUAUGAAUAAAUAGCCUACAGUACAGGACACAUGCAUAACAUUGGGUUAGGGCAAUCGCGUAUUACAAAAUACACUACUCCCUACAGUAGGUGGCGCAAGGACAGGACAACAAGCGUCAACCAAUACCAACAAGCGAAUAGAGGCAUAAACAUAAACGUCAUUAACUUUCACCGUUAUGUUACGCGUGCGAAGAGUGCUGCUAAACGACAGACCUGGAGCUAAUGGAGAGCCAGUCCCCAGUAAUUUCCGCGUGGAAGAGACAACUGUACAACCCGACCUGAAUAAAGGACAAGUCCUCGUCCGAACCCUCUUCCUGUCUGUCGACCCUUACAUGCGAUGUCGCAUGAAUGACAUCACGGGUGUUGAGUACAUGGCUCCGUGGAGGCUGUCCGAGGCUGUGGAUGGUGGAGGCGUUGGGGUGGUGGAGUCCAGCUGCUACGAUGCCCUCUCUGUGGGAGACACGGUCAUGUCUAUGAACUGGCACUGGCAAACCCAUGUUGUAAUGGAUGGAAAGUGCUUACAAAAGGUUGACCCUCAGCUGGUUGAUGGACAUGUAUCUUACUUCCUGGGUGCUGUUGGCAUGCCUGGCCUCACCGCCCUGUUCGGUGUCAGAAAGAAGGGUAAUGUGACCCAAGGAGCCAAUCAGACCAUGGUGGUUAGUGGAGCUGCCGGGGCUUGUGGAUCCAUAGCUGGGCAGAUCGGGCGUCUGGAUGGUUGUACCAGGGUGGUAGGGAUCUGUGGGUCUGCUGAGAAGUGCAGAGUCCUAGUAGAGGAACUGGGUUUCUCCGCAGCAGUGAACUACCGCCAGGAGGGCGUUGCCACGGCGCUGAAGGAGGGUUGUCCUAACGGGGUGGAUGUUUACUUUGACAACGUGGGAGGGCCCAUAAGCGAUGCUGUCAUAGCACAGAUGAACAAUGGUAGUCACGUGAUCCUGUGUGGACAGAUCUCACAGUACAACAAGGACGUGCCCUACCCACCGCCCCUGUCUGACAGGACUCUGGAGGCAGUGCUGAGUAAAAACAUCACUAGGGAGCGGUUCAUUGUUUUAAACUAUAUGGAGGAACAUGAAGCCGGCAUCUUGCAACUCAGUCAGUGGGUCAGAGACGGUCAGAUCAAGGUGUUGGAGACAGUGGUAAAUGGCAUAGAAAAUAUGGGAGUGGCCUUUUGCUCAAUGAUGAAAGGAGGAAACAUUGGGAAACAAGUCAUUAAAAUUUCAGACUGAUUCAAAUCCUUGGUGGCACUGUCAGAAAUUGUUGGAAUCACAAGAAACCUUAUUAAAGGCACCCUGCUUCUUAUUGUUUUAUUUCUA